AUGGUGGUGUUCGCGGCGGCGAUCAUCACCAAGAGCGGCAAACCGCUGGUGUCCCGCCAGUUCGUGGAGAUGAGCCGCAUCCGCGUGGAGGGCCUGCUGUCAGCGUUCCCCAAGCUCGUGGGCACCGGCAAGCAGCACACGUACGUGGAGACGGACAACAUUCGAUACGUGUUCCAGCCGAUGGAGGGCCUAUACCUCCUGUUGCUCACCAACCGACAAAGCAACAUCCUGGAUGAUUUGGACACCCUUCGACUGCUGUCCAAGAUUGUUCCUGAGUACGCAUCUCCAAUGGACGAGGAGGGUGUGGGGAGGUCUGCGUUUGAACUCAUAUUCGCUUUUGAUGAGGUCAUCUCAAUGGGCUUGAAGGAGAAUGUGCGGGUGCAGCAGGUGAAGCAAAACAUCGAGAUGGAGUCCACGGAGGAGAAGAUCCACAAGAUGAUCAUCGAGAGCAAGAUCAAGGAAACGCGAGAGAAGAUGCGCGAGCACGCCAGCAAGCUGGACAGGGAGAGGGCGGAGAAGGCGAAGCUGGACCGGGCGGGCGGCGGGGGCGGCGGCACGGGGCAGUUCGUCUCCCACCUGCAGAGCACCGUGGAGUCCGCGAUCUCGUCAUCCUUGGGCACGGGGGAGAGCGACUACGCGCCCAGCUACCGGCGGCCCACGACCGGCCUGGACCUGGGAUCCCGCGACCGGGACGACCGGACAUCGAAGGGCGGGCGGAGGGGGAUGCAGCUGGGCAAGGGGCGGCGCGGAAACGAGUUCAUCGAGGCGCUGAGGGCGGAGGGGGAGGUGGUGCAGGAGCCGGCCGCGGGGCGGGCGGGGGCGGCGGCCGCGGCGGCCGCCGCGCCGCCAGGUGAGCCGGUGUCGAUCUCGAUCGAGGAGAAGAUCAGCGCGACGCUCAACCGGGACGGCGGGAUCGAGAUGCUGGAGGUGCAGGGCGUCGUGACGCUUCAGGUGAACGCGGAAGAGGCCUCCAAACUGGUGGUGGGUCUGGCCACAGGGGCCAACCGCGGCUUCCAAUUCAAGACCCACCCCAACAUCGACAAGAACCUACACGCCUCCGAGGGCCGCCUGGCCCUCAAGGACCCAGAGCGCCCCUUCCCUGUAGGCACUGCCCUGGGGGUCCUCAAAUGGCGCUGGUCCAGCAGGGAUGACGACAGGCUGCCGCUGAUUAUCAACUGCUGGCCCAGCGCUUCGGGCAACGAGACUUAUGUGAACAUGGACUAUGAGGCCACAGAGGGGUUCGACCUGCAGGGCGUGGCCAUCGCCAUACCCCUGCCCAGUGACAGGCAGCCCGCGGUCAACCAGUGCGACGGAGACUGGCAAUGGGUGUCGCGCAAGAACGUGCUCAUGUGGAACAUCGACCUCAUCGACGCCUCCAACCGCAACGGGGCCCUGGAAUUCGUCGUGCAGUCGCCAGAUGCUGAUGACAUCUUCCCCGUGGACGUCACCUUCACAGCGGCUUCCACGCUGUGCGACAUCAGCAUAGAAUCCGUGGAGGACUCGAGCACGGGGGCGGCCAUCAAAUACGGUUGCAAGAAGGCGCUGACGACGGGAGAUUACCAGGUCGUGUGA